AUUUUUAAUGUUGUUGGGGGUUCAACGCACGCAGCGAGGGUUGAUUUGUAUUACUAAAGCCAUCUGGCGUCGACUUCCGAUACAACUUGUGUUUCCGGUGUCGCGAGAGUUCUAGCCGUUCUCCUUAGAUGGCACUGAUGAUGCGAUAUCAAAUGACGGCAGUCGCCGAUACGCGCUCUCUGUCAUAACCAUAGUAAUAGUUCUCGUAGCUACAAGUGGGCGUCUUAGCUGUCGUUCUUGAGGUACAGUCGGACUGUUCCUAAGAAGAACUGUUCAGUUAACGCUUUCCAGUUAACAACAAUGGUGUAGUUGUUUUGAUCGCGACAACUUCGGUUUGAAUCGAGCGUUUCCGGGAGCCGAGCGCUUCAGCAGCUCUGCCUGGGACUGACAGUUGACGGUUGAUUCUUUGGUUUCUCACGUGGUAAUUUGUGGAUGUGAUUUGAAGCACAGAAGAUGCGGCUUUGGACUUAAAAUAUGCAUGAAUCUUUGUUUCUCUGAAGAGGAAUUACCGAACGGGAGCCGGACGGGAUGCAGCGCUGUCCUUAUAUCCACGAGAUGAAAGAGCGACUGCUCAGCAGCCAAGGUUCGAACCCGGAACAGCAGCUACUGGAAGGAAUGGACAAGGACGUGCUUGAGAUUCACGGCGACCCCACAGUGGGCACCGUUGUCAAGCUCAACCCAGAUGGUUAUGGCUCCCACACUUCACCGACGCACCACUGCACCAGACAGCACCUCUCCGAUGACUACGACGAGGAACCCUUCCUGCCCAAGAACGCAAAGACAUCGCUGUUCAUCAUCAUGAGCUUCAUCUACGCGAAGCUGCUGGUGGUGAUCUGCAUCGCUUACGUCAUCUCCGAGGUGGUGACACACAAGCUGCCUCUCCACUACUACGAGGGUUUCUUCACGUACCUCUAUGGGACCAGCAUCCUGUUUCUGCUCUACGUCUUCUGCUUCCUGCUACAAGAGAGUGCGUGCUGCACGGCCGCAGAGUCUACCCCUGCUCCUCCGCGCCCACCCCCACUUCCUCCGGUGGACAAGAAGAAGAGCAAAGAGAAAGAAAAGGAAAAGGAAAAAGACAAAGGAAAAGAAAAGAAGGCAGGUGCUCAAGAACAGCAGGAACAGCAGCCCCAGGGUCAGGCGGCUCGUAAUAAGGGCAACGUGUUCCAGCGGGAGGUGUAUCCUCGUAAGAUGAAGGACUUGCUCAAGUUGAAACAGCAGCUGGAACAAAACUCGGGCCUUGUCCAGGCCAAGGGGGUUCUGCGAAACCUGCGUAGCAGCAAGGAUGUGAACCUCAAUGAUGGCGCUGGUGGGGACAGCCCCUCUCAGGAAAAGCUAACUGGUUCUGACUCGCAGGAUCUGGAGUCUGGCCGCCCUCAGAACGCGCCCCGGAAACGAAAAACAUCGCAGAAUGUUCACAGCCAUGGCAGCUUCUUCCUGCGUGUUGGUGCCAUUGCUUUCGGUCUGGGAACUAUGAUCUACAAUGGGCUGGAGUGUGGGGCGUUCUUUGAGAUCCCAUUCACGUCGCCAUGCUACCAGAUAUUGCGUGGCAUCAACCCUGUGCUGCAGAUGAUCUUCACAUUCAUGCAGAUGUACUUCAUCUUCAUGAACUCACGGUUGAACAUCCACCGCUUCAAGAUACUGGCACGCUUCGGUUUAAUGCACAUUGUGGCAACUAACCUGUGCGUGUGGAUACGCACUCUGGUGCUGGAAAGCAUCAAGGAGAUCACCAACAAUGAGAAUCGCAAGUACUUGUCAGCAGUCAUAAGCACCACUGCUACCACCACCACAGCCACGCUGUUGCCAGACCGGCACCUCGGAUCUGGCAGCCCUACAGAGGCAGAGAACAUAGCCAGUCUGUUACCACAGGCCCUCACCAGCAAUGUCACAAUGGACUCUGUUCCUGCAUGUGGUCGUGUCAACAUUAUGGGCUCCAUUGUACAGGACUCUGCCCCAUACCUCUUCCCAUUUAUCAUAGAGUACAGCCUGAUCGGGGCAGCUGUCAUAUACGUAAUGUGGAGACACAUUGGACGCAGUCCCAGGUACUUGACGGAAGAGGAUCUGGAGCAUCGCCUGGAAGUUAUGUUGUCCCGGCGCGCCGUGGCCAUGGCCCACGCUCAGCAACACGGGCGUGUGGACUGUGUGGGGGCCAGCAAGGGCCUGUUCUUUGGGUUGCUGCUUUUGGUGGGAUCCCUGAUUUGCUUGAUCCUGUUCUUCGUGUUGAUACACCACCCUGAGCUCGGGACGCUCGCCAUCUACUUGGCUGAUGUGUCCCACUGUGUCCUCAUGGCCCUCAGCAUUAUGGCCAUCAUUGUGGGUUUCAUUCGGGUCCAGAGCCUCAAGUUCCGUGCAGAGGAGCAGAGUGACCUGAAUGACAUCCUGCUGCGUGUGUCGGCAUUUGGCUUGUUUGUGUACGCGGUGUUCAGCGUGAUCGCUGGGUCCCUUGCGUUCACUCAUGAACCUAACCUCCUGGUAAUGAUCACUGGCCUCCUCUCCGUUGUGCAGGUGGUCUUGCAGCUGCUCUUCAUUGCUGAUGUGGGCCGUCGCCGCGUCCACCUGCCAGAGCAUGACCGCAGCAAGCCAGGGCGCCAGGUGGUGACCUUUUUGCUCAUCUGCAAUGUUACUAUGUGGGUGAUCUACACGUUUGAGGCGCAGAAGGUCAUUGCCAACCCAGUCCAGUUGGAUUUCUAUGGGUUUCUGGCCUGGGUGAUCGUUCAGCGCGUCACAUUGCCACUCUGCAUCUUCCACCGGUUCCACUCAGCUGUGACGCUGGCAGAGAUAUGGAAGACCAGCUACAAGGCCCGCCUGGAGUAGCAUGGACAUCACUGAUCAUUCAGUUGUUUGUUUGUUUGUCAUAACAACUAUCUCAUAUACUGAAAGACAGAACUUCAUCAUCAUUUUCCUUUAAGUUCAAUGUUAUAUAAGAUAGGUUUAAUUGAUCACGAAGUUUUGAUGUCUUUCUAAGGGUAAAUUAUGUGUUGAGUGUGCUGUGCCGGACUGGCACCAUGGUACUGUGAAUAGAGUUGUGUCCAGUGAUGCAGGCUGCUUCACUCCAUCAUGAUACACAAUGCAGUAGAUCCGAGUUAUUCUCAUGUGUUCUUUUUUCCGACUACCUGACAUAUUGCUUGUUGAAAGACACAAUUACAUUUUUGCUCCCAGAGUACCUAAUAUAUUGAGAGACAGAGGCAACUCAUAGACAGUGCAUUUUUACUAGUAUUUAAUAUUAAUAAGAAUAUUUAUUAUAAUUACUAAUUUUGGCAGCUCUGAGUGAUGUGCGAGAGUGGGUAGCCAUCUGUAUUAGUGAUGGUGUGUGUAGACUGUGUCUGUAACUACAGAGAGAUUGCAGCAGGAGAAUUUGCCAAAUUAAGUCACAGAUUUUCAGAAUUUUACGCUGUGUUCCUCAAAAUCAGAUCUCUAAGACGGAUGUCAGCAAGAUUCUGAGAUGAGUUGUGAUACAAAGCUUGCUAAGUUAAAGUCCACCUUCAACCCAUCCACUUGCCGUUUUUAGCUCUCAUUUUUUAUGAAUUUCCAUUUAUUUUAAGUUUCUUAAUGUAAACUUAAUUAUGCUCCUAUGCCCUAAAUUUGUUAAAGAUAUUACAAAAUAACAUUGUUUCUUUGCAUGUUUGACCUAAGAUUUCUUUUCUAUCUUAGGAAGAAGAAGUCGUCCUCACUGGUCUAGUGGUAGCAUGCUUGCUGCUUGACCCAAGGUUUGUGGGUUCAAACCCGGUCGAGGUUGAUGGAUUUGUAAGGGUGAUAAAAAUCCAUAGCAUGACUUCCUUCGGAGGGGAAGUAAAGCCAGUGGUCCCAUGUCAGAUUUACAGCACGUAAGAGAACCUUACGAGAACGAGAUGUUUCAUAAGCAAAAUUCAGCAGCCAUUUGUCGCUCAUGUCUCUGGUAGAGGCCUUGCGAUGGGCUGAUCACUCGUCCAAGAAGUCCCUACCAAAUGUCUAAAAAUAGAUCAGAAACCUCCCAAAGGAGGAAGUUUCUUAUGCUCCACUUAGGAGAGAAAAAGGCAGAAGAAGAAGAAGAGGGUGGAAAAAUAAAUCUUAUGCUGCAGUUGUGUCUAUUUGCCCAAACACUUAUUAGGUGACAUAAUGAUGAAAAUUGGAAUGCAGAUGUGUACUAUAACUCUCUGCAUAUUGCAUUAUUUUCAUAUGAUGUAUUUUUUUGUGUUUUUUUUUAUCUAGGGUAUUUAUGAACACUAAAUGCAAAUUUGGUAUUCAUUUAAAUUAGAAAUGAUAAUCUUUGAAGAACUAGUACCAGCACUCUCCCUAAUACUUAUACACUAGCAUUAUUUACAUUUAAAUCUACUAUUUCUGAAAUAUUUCUGCUAUUGUCACUUGAACUGGAAUUUCCACUAGUAUCGUCACAUCCUUCGCUGUCUUCAUUUGAUAAACUAACGCCUUCAUUUACACUAUCAUUGUCAAGUCCUCAAUGUAAAAUAUCUCUGCAUCUCGCUUUUACUUUUGUUGCCAUGCAGGUUUGUUAACCUUCCCUCAAGAUGAAAUUCUUUGUGUCAUAGAUCAAAUGGAAUUCUGAUGUCUAUAGACUGCGUUACAUGCCAUGUUUUGACUACAGUUAAAUUCUUUGGUGGUUAUGACUGAUAAAUCAGAGCUGUCUUAAGAAAAGAUGGGUAACUCAAGCAUGUGUUUUGGAAUUCCAUCUCAGUGACAGCUGAGUAAGUUGAUGGGUCAACAGAGCAGGAUUGGUUACUGCUGUUCAUCGCUUGGUAUUGGUGUCUUCUUAUGAAUUAACUCCGUAAAGUUAAAGGUUUUCUAUCAUUUUGUGGAACACUUUGUUCAUACAUAUACAAGAAGAGUUUCUUUAGUUGGAUUUUAAAUUUAUUUAAACAUUGGUAACUAUAGUACAAAAAGAUGGAAACAUAGAAAUAUGCUGUAGAAUUUUUAAAUAUACAGAAUGUUGCCAAUUGUACAUUGAUAGCCCAUUUGUUGUGAGUCAGUGUGUUCGUUGUAUAAAGAAUGAUUAUAUAUAUAUAUAUAUAUAUAUAUGUUUGUAUGUGGGUCCAUUUUCUGUGUACAUUUUGAGAACAUUGUCUCCUAGAUAUCUGAGGCAAGAUUUUCAACGAUUGACCAAGAAAACUUAUUACAUUACUGUUGUUUAUUUAACAGUUUCACUGCCGUGCUAUUACUCUACUGCUACUUUUCAAAAAUUGAAUGUGAUUCAUAACAACACUUAAACUCCGCUAGCAUAUAUUAGCAACAUGAUUUCCCAUUCACUAAGUGAUGGAUACAGGGGGCUGCUCCCUACUAGGUGUCGGAUGUGAGGGGAAAACCAUAAAUUAAAGCAGUGUCACAUUUCUUCUAGACAUUUUUUAAAUCUGAAACACUUCUAGUACUUUCAACCGACUGAAAUAUUUUAUGAGUUCUGUGGGGUUGCAUAUGAAUUGGGGAGGAGGGUAAUGGUGACCAUCUCAGAGUAUGCUCUUAUUUUGAUGCUGGUACAAUGUGGCAUAGGCUGGUCCUGUAUGAGGUCAUCUCCAAAUUUAACUGCUCAGUUCUAGGUGUGAAGAAGCGCACAACGUAGUCACAUUGCUCACAGUAUGCCCCAUUUAUCUCUCACUGUGUGAACUACGAAACUAAUUAUGUCGCAUCAUGUUUCAAUUUGUGCAUUAUGUUUUUCUUUUCAAACGAAAAAAAAAAUUGAAGUGAUUCUUUGUGUAUGUAAGACUUUGAAGUUAUUUUAUUUAGUUUGGUGGGUCAGAUUAAUCUUUGUUGCUCCCAUUUCCAGCUGUUUUUUUUUAAAUUAGUUAACUGGUAUAAUUAAAUCUUACUGCUGUGACAGUGUUAAGUUAUUUUUAGAUUUAUCAUCACUGGGGAGAUAAUGCAAAGAUUGGCCACCAUGUGAACAGUACAGGUGGUAUAAGAUUGGAUCCCCUUCCACUUCUAUAGAACUUCGUAUUUUUCUCAUCAUUAAUGUGGUGUGUGUGUCUUAUGUACCUCACUGUGAAAUCCCAUGGGUGCGGAAUUACAUACAUUCUUGUUUAACCAGACAUUAGAGCUUGUUCUGUUUCCAAUCAUCACCAAAAUAGAACUGAAUUUAACAUUGUUUUUUACUUUUUAUAAAAUGACAUGUAUUUUCUGUAAACUUCCAGUUUCUUUCAUACAGAUUUUGUACAAAAACUUCACUGCAUAUAAGUACUAUAUACAUGUGCCAGAAUAAAGUUAUUAUUAGAUGUG